AUGGAGAAGUCAGUAGCCACUACAACAGGCCAUUAUUUGGAAACCGUUCUGCAAGAACCAUGUGGUAUCAUCCUCUUCCUCGAGUUCCUCGCCUGGUGCAUCUCAAUGUUCAAUAUGUUCCUCCCCAGCUCAUGCCAAUCCUGCAACUGCAACCAUAGUCCUGCUGAAAAGGCGGUACAGGAAUCAAUUCUCACUGAAAAAGAAGUAACCAAGACAAGGAAUAAGAAUCAGGACAAUGAUAUGGAGUUGACACAUGAUGAUAUAAACGUCGUGAUGAGAAACAUAGGCCAGGAUUUUGGUCAAGAAAACAGCAUGGUCUGCAAGUCCAUUGGCAAUGACUCUAUUGCUAGGAUUUUCGAUGAGGAUGAACCCAGCUUGCAGGAGGUAUGGCAGGCGUUCUUGGUGUUUGAUCACAACCAUGAUGGGUAUUUUGACGCGUCGGAUUUGGAGCGAGUGCUCCAGAGUCUAGGACUAGGGGAAGGUGUUGGGGUGGAUGAGUGUGAGCAGAUGAUUGCCAAAUAUGACACGAAUAAGGACAGGAGAAUAGAUAUGGCAGAGUUCACCAAAGUUUUGGAGGCUGGCAUUUGCUAA